AUGUUCGCGAGAGCAGUCAGCAGACGGACAGUUUCCGGCAUUUUAGCCGGAGCACAAUCACAGGUUUGUGUGCAUUAUCGCGUGGAAUUUAGCGUUGGCGCCAGGCAUGGAAGUUUUGAAUUUAAAAAUAUUUUGACAAAACUGAGCGAUAAAUAUUCAGAAAAACUUCGUGAAAGCUCAAACUUCCAUUCCCGUGGCAGUUCUCAAACUGCUUCGUUCAAUGUGUGUCACUGAUCACAAAGUGAUCUUCAUCAUAAAAAUUCGCGGCGCUUAUCGCACUGAUCUAUUCGCUCUUCGUCGUGUCCAUCGGCUGUCCUGGCAUCGACAUUCAUUGACCGAUUCCCGUCCUGUCUACUUGUUUCUGAUAACCAGAGACAGAUAAGUGUCCAGUCGCUGCCGUCGCUCUUCAAUGUGCAUGCCGCCUGAAAACAUGUUGACUGCCGAACAUGCACUUUUUCGAACGAAAAAUAUUUGGCUUUGUUCGUAUCUGUUAGGGAGGCUGUUUUGCAGAACAUUUCAUUGUAAGGGUUUUGCUUUGGUAUCGGCACGGGCGUUUAUGGACGUUCUGCAUGUCCUUUACAAUGGUUUUUCGAUCUCUUGCCGCUGCAUAAUUCCGUACAAGCUGGCGAUCUCUGCUUGUCCAUUUGGAAUAAUAUCUGUCUUAUAACAAAUUUAGCAUGUGACAGCUGAAGCAACACUUCCCGGUUAAAGAUAUUAUCAAAUCUCGAUCCAGUUUCUAAUUCGCUUCCCAUUCGCUCAUUUCACAUGCAGCGGCGACAUGUUGCCAACGCACUUCCCCGUUUUUGUGUUCUCCUUACUCUCUACAAAUACGUUCACUCUUUUCAGUGCAAAAUGGCCGAUCGUCAAGUGCACACUCCUCUGGUGCCAGUUCACCGUCUCAAGUACACCAACAACGAGAACAUUCUGCGUGACCAUGUCGAGAAAGUCGAUCCAGAAGUGUUCAGUAUCAUGAAGAACGAGAAGAGUAGACAGCGUCGUGGACUCGAAUUGAUCGCCUCGGAAAAUUUCACCAGCAAGGCCGUGAUGGAUGCGUUGGGCUCGGCGAUGUGCAACAAGUACAGCGAAGGAUACCCGGGAGCCCGUUACUACGGAGGAAACGAGUUUAUCGACCAGAUGGAGCUGCUGUGUCAGAAGAGAGCACUCGAAGUGUUCGGAUUAGACCCGGCCAAGUGGGGAGUCAAUGUGCAGUCGCUCUCCGGAUCCCCUGCCAACUUUGCCGUUUACACCGCCAUCGUCGGACCAAAUGGACGCAUCAUGGGUCUUGAUCUGCCGGAUGGAGGUCAUUUGACUCACGGGUGAGCACCACAAUCUGAUCCUGAUUGUCACAUCAGAACUUCAUCGUUUCAGAUUCUUCACUCCGGCCCGCAAAGUGUCCGCCACUUCAGAGUUCUUCCAGUCGAUGCCUUACAAAGUGAACCCACAAUCCGGACUAAUCGACUACGACAAACUGGAGGAGAACGCACUUUUGUUCCGUCCGAAGGCCGUCAUCGCAGGAAUCUCGUGCUAUGCUCGUCAUCUCGAUUACGCUCGUUUCCGCAAGAUUGCCGAUAAGGCGGGAGCCUACCUGGUGUCCGACAUGGCUCAUAUAUCCGGUCUCGUUGCCGCCGGACUCAUUCCGACGCCAUUCGAGUACGCUGAUGUUGUGACGACGACAACGCACAAGUCCCUGAGAGGACCACGCGGAGCACUGAUCUUCUACAGAAAGGGAGUCCGCUCAGUGAAUGCGAAGGGAGUGGAAACGCUCUAUGAUCUGGAGGAGAAGAUCAACUCGGCUGUGUUCCCAGGACUGCAGGGAGGCCCACACAACCACACCAUCUCUGGAAUCGCCGUCGCCCUCCGCCAGUGCCUCUCCGAAGACUUUGUGCAGUACGGAGAGCAGGUUCUGAAAAACGCGAAGGCGUUGGCCGAGAAGCUGAAGCAGCACGGAUACGCCCUGGCCACCGGAGGAACCGACAACCAUCUGCUGUUGGUCGACUUGCGCCCUAUCGGAGUGGAAGGAGCUCGAGCGGAGCAUGUGCUCGAUCUGGCGCACAUCGCAUGCAACAAGAACACGUGUCCCGGAGACGUGUCCGCCCUCAGACCAGGCGGUAUCCGUCUUGGAACUCCGGCACUCACUUCUCGCGGAUUCAAGGAGCAGGAUUUCGAGAAGGUCGGAGAUUUUAUUCAUCAAGGUAUUACUCAGUUGACUUGGAUUCGGGUGAUAUGUGUAAACCUUUAGGAAUCCAAAUCGUGAAGAAGUACAACGCAGAGGCCGGAAAAACACUGAAGGACUUCAAGACGUUCACGGCGACGAACGAACCAUUCAAGCAGGAGGUGGCCGAGCUGGCGAAGCGCGUCGAAGAGUUCUCCGGCAAGUUCGAGAUUCCCGGAAACGAAACAUUCUAA